AUGACGCGUAGCCAGGCUGAGAGGCUGAUUGGCCACAAGGAACUGAGACACGGUCCUACUCCCAAGGGAGGCAGCAGUGAGGAAUUUUCCGCAAUGGGGGCAACCCUGACGGAGCAAUACUACGUGAAGGAGGAAGGGCUGAGCGUAAGUUCAGUUUUGACGGUACGCACAGAGAAAGCCACGACUAACUACGUGCCAGCAGUCGCGUUAUUGGCGGGAAAUCGAGGCUCAACCUCGUGGAAACUGAUAAUACUGUUUUGCUUGAGUACAGGAGAGGUUAACGGAACUCCAUGUGGAGCGGCACGAAAGCGUGGGGAGCAAAAAGGAUUAGAUACCCUUGUAGUCCACGCCCUAAACGAUGAUAUGCUCGCAAGAGUGAAACUCAAAGGAAUUGACGGGGACUCGCACAAGCAGUGGAGCAUGUGGUUUAAUCCGAUACAACGC